AUGAACCCCUGCGGAAACAACGUUUGCACCUGUGGAGCCUCUUGCGGCUGCGGCUCCGGAUGCCAGUGCGGUAAGAAGGCUGCCGAGGCCCAGUCGGCUGCUGCCUGCAACUGCAAGAGCGGCUCCGGCGAGAAGUGCACCUGCGCUGGCUCGUGCGGAUGCGCUGCCAAGACUACCGGCUGCGGCUGCAACUCUGGUUCCCAGUGCACCUGCGCCGCCGGUACUUGCGCCUGCAAGUAA